AUGUCAAAGACAUUGUGUGACGUGUUCCCAGACCCAGAUGACGCUGUCUGCAGCUCGUUUCUCCGAACCACCGACGUCUCUGACAAGACCUGGCGCGAUGUUGGCCUCAUAGCAGAUUCCGAUGAUCAGACGUUUUGGACAGUUGUUGCCAACCAUAGGAACCUGUCGCUCGCGCUCAGUAACCUCAUUGCUGCUAUUGAUGCGGCGCACGCCUCCGCUUUUCGCCGUCAAAUAAAGCGCGACGAUGAGCUUUCCCUCAUAGUUCUUCUUGUUCGACUUGUGACCACCACGUCGGUCGUGCUGAGUGUCGGUGUCAGUAUUACGGAUGUGGCAAGACGGCUUGGAGAGCUUAUUACUCCUCCUUUACUGAUGCCUACAUCGCUCAUAAUAUUGCGUCAUAGCGGGCCUAUUGCAUCUGCGACAAUUACAUCACUGAUUCUUCAGAACCCUGGAUAUCUCUGUGCCAUGCCAAGUACUGCUUCUUCUUGGUGCGAUGUUACAUCUCGUUUGGCUGUCCGCUGCGUGAGGGAAAUGUCGAGAGGGAGACACCAGCGUCUCGCAGGCGACGUGAUUCCGCUUUUCGAGCAGGUAUACCGACAUGUGAAACAACUGUGGGCCAUUAUGCAUUGCUCCCCAUUUCUCGCCGAUUACGUACACUUGUCGCGCAUGCUUCAGUAUUUGCGAGUCGUAGUGGACUUGCUUUCACCAAUUCUUCAGCAUUUUAUACUGACAUGUGGUGGAAUCACAAAUCGCCGUGAACAGCUUUCAAAGGCAAAUUCUGCUAUUGUAAAUGCUGCCUUGAAUACCGCAUCGGUGCUUGUGUUGUUCCGUACAUAUAACAAGGCUUCUGGCCAGGUCAGAUCUCACUGCGUUGAGCGUGUUGUGAGAUCCACCUACGAGGCCCUCACAACUUACAUCACACAGAAGGUCCAAGGCUCCCCGUCCUUGCUGUUGUCGAACACCCGGCGGACGCUGACAAUGAUAAUUCACGAGCUCGUGCCCCCACGGAAGGAAGUGGAUGACUUGGAAGUGGGUAAAGUGUUGCAACGUUUAAGUAGCCCAGUUCCAGAUAGCACGGAUUUCAUUGAUGGCUUUGCUGGUGUUCGUCCUCGCUAUUUUGAGUUGCUUCUGCUUGAGUUAGUACACCAGGGGCUCCAUAUUGACAUGCUGCUGAAGAAUAAGUUUAUUACCGCACUCGAGGCUGAGGAACUUGGGGCGUCGGAGCGGAGCAUCACGCUGGCAAUUGUCGGCAUCAUCGAAGGAAGCGUCGGAAACACUGCAACUGAGGCGGUAUGCACCCCUAGCAACACUGACAACGCAGUGUCAUCAGCUCUGGAAACCCCACCUGUCACUGAUGAUCCUUUGGUAAAGGUUGUGCUGGAGGUUAUGCCGCACUUCAACGUACAGGGUAUCCUCGCGGCUUUGCGGUAUUACAAUAACGAUGUGGAGCACUUUAUUCUUGACGCUUCGAUGGAUAACAUUGUCCCGCAUAUUCUGGAACAACUGACAGAGCCAUCACCCCACACAUUGUCGGGGCUGCCGUCUGCUCAUCAAACAGACGCGCAGCCGAGCGAGGCGGGUGGAGCUGCCAACACCAUCAUCACUCCCACCGCUGCCACUGCCGCCGCCCAACACACUCUCACCUCGGCGGACUACAAUGACGAGCUUGGUGAGGGGGACCUGAACCUAUUUAUCGGCUGCGAUUUGUAUGAGGCGAUCAACGGCGAUAGUAAUGGUGCCAAGGAUGAGAACAACGAUGAUCACAUUUCUGGUAACGAUAUGCUGGACGCUAUGGCGUACGCCACACACCACCCCGACGACCACCGCGGCGGGGCAGAAAUGUUCGAGGUGGAUGAAGCAAUGCGCGAGAAGAUACGCAUGUUGACGGAGAUGAUGUACGAGGACGAGUAUGAUGACGCCCAAGAAGCCGGGGAGGUUCGCGGCUACGAGACUCGUAGAGGUGCGACAGAUUCUGACAUGUCCCUUUCGGGUGAUGAUGAUAACACAAUCACAGAUGGCGCCAAUGAUAAUGCACUGAUGGAUGCACCUCUUGCAGCGGCGGGAACGCCUUCACGCCACCACCGAACGGAGUACGACGAAAAGAAAUUUCAUGAGGCACGAUCUAAACAGCGGGAAAAGAAUGUGAAUGCUGCAAAGGAGGCGCGCACAAAGACACCGGCGUACACAAAAAAGAAUAAAACAGUUCGGAAAAAAAUGCAGGAUAAAAUGGCGUUCACACGAGCUGUGAAGAAGGGCAAAGUGGAGUUUUGA